GGCACCAAGAGCAUUUGAAGGACAGUUUCCAAUAGUUCCAUGUCAAUUUCUGAACGGCACAAAAACAUGACGGACAAAUCGCCGUGAUUUAGGGCGAAUUUAUCAAGGCUAAAUUCGUUUCUACGAUUAAUCUACUUCUAUCGAUGCCUAUUCUUAUGCAUUUUCCCCCGAUUACAAUGUCAAUAUCUUGAAUGUCUUCAUACGUGUAUGCAGUGAAAGCCUUUUUCGAAAAAUUUUGCACGAGAAGGGAUGAAAGGGAGGCGACAUCAAAACGCUACGAAUAAAGGACCAUGACGCAAAAUCAAUUAUCAAUGAAAGGCGUCCUAAUCGGCUGAACCAACUAUUGAGUUAGUCAUACUACCAAUUACCGUACAAAAUUAUGACACAAUGCCGGAGAGAAUAUGCAUUAAGCUUCUUAUGAUGAGCUAUAGCAGGCCAAUAGAUCAGAAGCCCAGCAAACACGCACGUAUACAUAAAAGUACAGCAGAUGAUUAGAGCUCAGAUCAGAUUAGACUGCCAAGGUGUAGGAGAGGUAGGAGAGCAACACAGAAGUAGGAGAACCAACAGCACUGUCCAGCAAAAAUGGCGCUGAAGUUGCAGCUAUUAGUGGUCAUCUUGUCAGCGUUGGUUAUUGAAAAUCUUGGAAAUGCUCUCGCGGCCAAAAAGAAGUCAUCGAUAUUGAUAUACAAAGGGACAAAAUGGUGUGGUCAUAACGAUAUCGCAAAAUCUUAUAAUGACUUGGGAAAAUACAGGAAAACGGACAUGUGCUGCCGAACGCACGAUAAGCAUUGCAGUUUACGUAUUAAGGCCUUUCAAAAGAAAUAUGGUUUGAUCAAUUGGUCGAUCAAAACAGCAUCUGACUGCAAUUGCGAUAUUGCGUUUAAGAAAUGCCUCGACAAGGUGAACAACCGCCCAUCAAAUGGCGUUUACCGUAUCUACUUCGAUAUCUUAAAACCUCGAUGCGUUCGUGUCAAGAUUGUGAAGAAGAAGAUCUGCUUACGACGUACAAUGCCUGCCAAAAGUCUUGGAACACUGACAUCAAUUUCCAAGGUCAAAACCAAUCAUCCCCCUCUCCCCCACGGAACAAUGUUGGUUUACCAUCAAACGGAUUAGGAUUUUAGGAAGCACUUUCUUUUGCGCUUCAUUUAUGAUAUUUCUCUAAAUCAUCAACAUUGUUUGAGGGGGAAGGGGGCGGAAGUAGCAAAUUUUUUUCAUGAAAGGAACGAAAGAUAUCAAAUGCAGCGUAAAUUGGUGGGUGUUCCAAGUACUUUUGGCAGGCAUUGUCUGAAUUUCAUUUUGAAGCUUAUUAGAUAUUCCACCAAAACCAAUAUCCUCCUAUAGGUUUUUGAUGGUGCUGAUUCCAUUUCUGCCAUUUUCAACAUCGUACGUGUUACCGAUAAGGAGAUAUGGGGGUAUUGUUAUUUUUCGGGGGUGGGGGUAAGCUACCCCCAUAAAACUAAAUGCCAUAUUUCAAUUAAGGUGAAAAUUGCUAAAAUCAAAAUCGAUUUCCAAUAAAUAGGAUCAAGAUUGUAUUUUGAAUCUUUUCAAAGGCUCGUAGCCAGAUAGCUGUCUAAGAAAUAAUGGGAUAGAUGAAGGAGACAAAUAUGAGUGGCAGCUAGAAAAUAAUCUAAAAAUGGAAAGGAUGCAAUUUUAUAAAAGUGACAUCGAUUCCUCUGUUUCAUGUUUCUAAUUAUAGAUAAGGUCGUAUUUGAGAAUUAUGUCGGGUAGUUGCUCUCCUUUUAUCACGGAUUUACAAGUUGUCAUUCAUAUAGGCCCUUGUUGUGCAAUUCAGUGCCCAAAUGACAAAUUUCAGAGUGUUUACCUAAAUUGUAGAAAGGAACCCCGUGUUUCCCACAUCAGAGUUCCCAACUGAUUGAUCUACUAUUCCAUGUU